CUCAAAAAAUGUUUGCGUCGUCUGCCUGCUUGACUGACCGACCGACCCGACUGCUGAGCAAGAAACACAAAUUAAUUAAUUAAAUCUCUUAUUUAAAUUAUCGUAAUUAAAGAGUUGUUCACAUUGAGGCCACCUUGCCGAAUUCGACAGAAUGGCAGAAUAUUUGGCAUCCAUUUUUGGGACGGAAAAGGACAAAGUCAAUUGUUCAUUCUACUUUAAAAUUGGAGCAUGUCGACACGGAGAUCGCUGUUCUCGAAUCCAUAAUAAACCAACAUUCAGUCAAACUAUUGUUCUCCAGAAUUUAUACGUGAAUCCUCAAAACUCUACAAAAAGCGCUGAUGUAGUGUUCCAAAUGAACCAAGUGAGCGAUGAAGAAAUGCAGGAACAUUACGACAAUUUUUUUGAAGACGUAUUCGUCGAAUGUGAAGAUAAGUACGGGGAGAUUGAAGAAAUGAAUGUUUGCGACAACUUGGGCGAUCAUCUGGUUGGAAAUGUCUACAUUAAGUUUCGCCGUGAGGAAGAUGCAGAAAAGGCCGUUACCGAUUUGAAUAACCGGUGGUUUGGAGGACGCCCUAUUUAUGCGGAGCUGAGCCCCGUAACUGAUUUUCGAGAAGCGUGUUGUCGACAGUACGAAGUUGGAGAGUGUACGCGUUCAGGAUUUUGCAACUUUAUGCAUUUGAAACCAAUAUCUCGUGAACUUCGUCGUUAUCUUUACAGUCGACGAAGGGGUGGAGCCAUCGGAGGUGGUCGUAGAAGUCGUUCCAAUACGCCACCACCAAAGCAACGUCGUCGAUCUCGUUCACGAUCACGGGACAAACGCCGGCGAGACAGGUCACGAGAUAAGCGGCGUUAACAACAAAUUGAUUAUGAGCAAUUCGUGUUAAAUAUUAGUACUACGGAGAAAGGAAGUGGCUUUUUGUCUUAUUGUUUCAUUGUCAUUAUGGGCUGUCUACAGUUGUUGGUGGUUUUCUGUCCUCACUUUUCUCGUACAGUUGUAUUUUAUAUUUCUAGAUAUGAUACGAUAUGAUAAACUGUUUUCUUACAUCAUUAUUACGCGUUUAGUACAAUGUUCAAGUAAAUUCGUCUCUUAUGUUUCUAAUUUUAAUUGGCCUAGACACUAGCUCCAUAUUAAAGUUAGCCAGUAAUUCUUUGUGUGACAAAUAAAUAAUAAAGUGUUCCAAUUUGUUAAAUAGAAA